AUGUCCCUGUUUCCCAAAUGGCGUAUGAUUUGGCCAGCUGUGCAUCGCAUUAGGUGAGUAUUUCAACAACUGGUAGAUGAAUUUUUGUCUUCGCUGUCACAAAAUUUAUUUGUUUGAUCGCAGAAGCUUGCAGGUGCAAUCAAAAUUUCCAGACUCUUCACUUUACUUCUUUAGUCUAGUGUAACAGCCGUCAAUUCGAUGUCAAUUCCACGUUUUAUUCGAUCCGAUCAACUACGCUCAGCACACCGUUCGAAUACAAUACCGUACAAGAAAUCCUUACAAACAAGCAAUUGUCUCUAUCCGUAACCUUGAAAACUGCUGAAAUAUCCGUAAUGCUUCCGUAAUGUUCUAUUCCUUCGAUGCGAGACUAGUUAAACGAUCCUUAUCCGAGAAAUAAAGGCGAAAAUAACAAGCGAUAAAAGCACGUAUAUGCCGAGGUUUGACCUAGUGUCGAAUGACAACACCUCGGCGCAGACUGGGCCUAGUGCACAGGACACCUAGCAUUUACAUGGCUCCCCUAAAAUGCUUGUCAUUUUAACCAAACAAAUCUUACUCUAACUCGUUUAGAAUACUAGAAUUGCUAAGCGUUCUAGAUAUCCUGUUUCUGUACCAUUACAGUUCCUCAGGCUCCUCGUCGGGGAUUCCCGGUCUAUCCUUAGGUGACUCUAGCAACAGCACAAGUUUAUUGACUGGUCGAUCCAGUACUGAUCCAGUUCCGGUUUGAACAGUCACCGAUCUGACUUGGCCUUCAUCAUCACGACGUGUGGUAAGCACUUUAGCCAUAGGCCACUUAUUCCUACAAGAAUUGUUGUCCUUUAAUAGAACAAUGUCGCCUUCCGUGAAGUUUCUUCUCUUGUGUGUCCACUUUUGUCUCAACUGUAAGAUCUGAAGAUAUUCUUUACUCCAUCUAUUCCAGAAUUCGUUAGCAAUAUGCUGUACGCGCCUCCAGCGACGUUUGCAGUAAGUAUCUUCUCGUUGAAACUUUCCUGGAGGGGGGAGAAUGAGCUUGGUUUUACCAGUGAGAAGGGUACUUGGCGAUAGUGGCAACGGUGAGAGCGGAUCACUUAAGGUCUCGGUAGUCAGAGGACGACUGUUGACAACAGCUUCAGCUUCACAUAACAAAGUUCGCAACGAUUCGUCGUUUAAGCUGUGACCAUGCUGUUUCAUAAGUGCUGCCAUGAUGUUCCGCACGGACCGAAUUUGUCGUUCCCAAACGCCUCCGAAAUUACUUGCAGUAGCAGGAUUUCUGAUCCAAUCAAUGUUCUCCUUAAGCAACUCUGCCUUGAUUUUCUAAUCAUCCAUUUCUUGAAGUGCUGCCUUUAACUCGUUUUCGGCCCCAACAAAAUUAGUCCCUUGGUCACUGCGAAGUUCUCUUAUGGGUCCUCUACGACAGGUAAAGCGCCGUAAUGCUUGUAAGAAUGAAUCUGUUUCCAUGGGUGGGCUACUUCGAUAUGUACCGCACGACUGGCCAAGCAAGUAAAUAGGGCUCCGUACCUUUUAACUUCUUUCCUGCCUUCUUUGACAUACCACGGACCAAAGUAGUCCACUGCACAGUAUGAAAACUGUGGCGCGGGUUCAACACGGGAACUUGGGAGGUUGGCCAUUUUCUGUUCUCCAAAGGUACCACGGAGAUGUCGACACGUGACGCACUUUGAUAUGAAGUGUCUGACCGCAGCAUUUCCAUUGAUAAUCCAGUAACCACUCGAACGAAGUUCGUUUAAGGUGAGACCUCUUCCGCUGUGGUGAGUUUUCUCAUGGGCGUGACGGAGGACCAGCUCUGUAAUAUGACCAGCCUUCGGUAAGAUGACAGGGUUCUUAAGACUGUCUGAGAGGUUAGCCUUCCUUAUCCGUCCUCCAACUCUCAACAUUCCGCUGGCAUCCAGGUAUGGGUCGAGGGCGUUAAGGCUGCUACUUUUCUUCAAAACUGCUUUCCUUUCCUUAUCAUGAUGACGAUCUUUAGGCACACUUCCGGUCUGGGUUUGGAAAUCUCUCAGAAUCUUGAUUUCUUUAUCGAAGUUAUUCGCUUGCACCAGCUUGAGAAUUUCUAUUUCUGCUUGUUCAAGGUCUCUGACCAUAAAGGAAGUAGCCGGGCAACCUUCACAUUCACGGCUUCGUCCAUUAACUUGAGGACCGUCAACAGUUACAGGUCUCUUGUCUGUUUUACUGGCUCUCAUCUUGAGACGUCGUUUGUAUUCCAUACAAAGCGCAACUGCGCCCUUUAGGACUUGCCACUUGGAGAAUCCUUUGAAUCUGCUUAACAUGUUUUCAUGUUCUUCAAUCACUGUCGCGUUAGCGGUAACCCCUUUAACGUCAGGAGAAUUGUGGUCGACCUCUUUUUCGUAUGAGUCUUGUUGAGGCCAGUGAUCUUCCGUCUGCCACAAGAAGUCUGGGCCCUUAAUCCACUGUGACCUUUGCAUAAACUCCUUAGCGUUCAUCCCCCUCGAUGCUUCAUCUGCUGGGUUGGAUCCAGACUCCACGUAGCGCCACUGGUCUGGUGAAGUGUGGUCACGGAUGAAUUGCACUCUAUUUGCAACAUACACUUGGAAUCUUCGAGAUUCAUUGUUGAUGAACCCGAGGACAACCUUACUAUCGGUCCAGUAGAAGUCUUGGAGUCCGCCAUAGUCUAACUCUUCCUUUAGCAUGCUUGCAACCCUUACUGAAACGGUAGCGGCAGUUAGUUCAAGUCUUGGAAUAGUGACUGUCUUCAACGGUGCAACACGAGCUUUCCCCAUAACAAGAGAACAAUGAAUUCUUCCGUUUUCAUCAACCAGUCUGAGAUAAGAACAUUGUCCGUACCCGACUUGAGACGCAUCUGACAUAUUAUGUAGCUGAGCAGUGGCAAUGCUUCCAAAAUCAGGAGGCUGAAAGUUUCUUGGGAUGUUCAGCUGCUCUAAUAGCGGUAACUGACUUCUCCAUCUUCCCCAUUUGGCAAGAACUUCUCCCUCGAUUGACUCGUCCCAGUCUUUUCCGUGACAGAUCUCUUUGAAGUAUCUGCUUUCCAACAAGGACGACGGGCGCAAUCAGCCCUAGAGGAUCAAAGAUCGAGCUUAUAGUUGCCAGUAUACCCCUACGGGUGCACGGCUUGUCCUUCAACUCUAUUCUGAAUUUGAAUGCGUCCGAUUCAAUGCACCAUUCUACACCCAAAGCUCUCUCUAUUGGUAACUUGUCACUACCUAGGUCUAGGCCCUUGAUCUCCUUAGCUCUGUCUUCAGCAGGUACUGACAUCAUCACCUUUCUACUGUUGCUGACAAAUUUCGUUAGUUUGAACCCUCCUUUGCACACAUCUCUUUAACAGCUUGUACUAGUUCUACAGCGUCCUUCUCUGUCGGUACCGAACUCAGAGCAUCAUCGACGUAAAAGUUCUUCCUUAAUGUUUCGGCAGCCUUUUGCACCAAACUCUCUUUCACCGUCUUCGGCUGUACGUUUCAAGGCGAAGUUAGAACACCCUGGAGAUGAACCAGCUCCAAAGAGGUGCACUGUCAUGCAGUACUCUUGAGGCUCUUGAGUUAAAUCUCCAUUUGGCCACCAUAAGAAGCGAAGGAAGUUCUGAUCUUCCCUUGGAACCUUGACUUGAAAAAACAUUUUCUCUAUGUCAGCCAUGAAGGCUACCUUCUCCUCUCUGAAUCUUGUGAGCACCCCAGUGAGCUUGUUUGUUAGAUCGGGCCCUUGCAAUAGGUGGCCAUUCAGCGAUUCACCCUGGUAACGAGCUGAACAGUCAAAUACUACGCGUAUGCUGCCUGGUUUUUUGGGGUGGUAAACCCCGUGGUGAGGUAAGUACCAGGCCUUUUCUUCUUGAUGGGGUAGCUCUUCAACCUUGACCUUUCGAGCAUAUCCCUUCUCUAUGAUUUCAGUCAUGAAUCUGACGUAGUCAGCACGAUACCUUGCGUCGCCUUGGAGUCUCUUCUUAAGGCCGUGCAGGCGUUGCUCUGCUUGAGGACGGUUAUUGGGUAGCUGUACAUUCUUUUCUCUAAAGGGCAGAGGCAUCUCGUAAUGCAUGUCAUCUCUAUGAUGGAUUCCAUCUUCUACAAUCUUCAGGAACUGACGGUCUUCUCUUGAUAAUGCGACUCCGUGCUCCCUUUCAGCAAAGUCCACCUCAAACAUUCGGGAAACCACUUGAGGGGUUAGCCGCUCCUUAAUCUCUGUCUUAGCAAUGAUGUACCCAUUCACGUUAUCCUCUGUGUUGCUCUUAAGAAUCUGAAUACGGUUACAAUGUACUUGUUUACUGCUCUUUUGGUUAACAGGACCGUUUACGUGCCAUCCUAGUAGUGAUCUUACUGCAUAGGGUUCAUUCUCAUUCCUGCAAACAAUGUCUCUUGGUCGCACUGCACUAGGGCAAUUUAGUCCGAUCAGGAGUCCUAUUUCUACGUCUUCCAUGUAAGGAGGUAAGUGUUUCCUAACCAUCUGCAAAUGUGACCAUCCUUGCAGCUCUUCGGGACGAGGAAUCUCAUCACGAUCUGCUGGAAUCCGUUGUCUGACGUAGGUUCUCGGUAGGGGUACGAUAACGUCGUUUUCUUGAAAGUGGGAAGCCAUUAGCCCAUCUACCGCUUUAGUAUCGACUUCUUGGGUACCAUGCAUAGUAGUGAGCAAAAGUUUGGUUUCACUUCCUUUAACACCAAGCCUUCUUAACGAGUCUUCCUUAAUGAAUGUUCCACCACUGGCAUUAUCAAGGAGGGCGUAAACACAUAUCUUAUUGUUUGGAUUGUCCUUGUGGUACAACCAUACUGGGAUAAUACCCAUAGCAACUGGUACAUCACCGGCAUCUGUCACAUUGCAAAUUGCAGUACACACGUUAACGACUCGCUCUUCCGUUUUCCUUUUACUGGCUUCCGAUUUCUCAUGUUGGCCGUUUCCACUUUCCAUUUUCGCCUCUUCUGAUUUCCAACUGUAAUCAUGGAGUGACGUUGGGUGUUUCUUAUUGCAGAUCUGACAGGUUCUUUUACUUUUGCAAAGCUUAGCAAUGUGUUCACAACUAUAGCAACCGAAGCAUAAGCCUUUCUGUUUGAUAAAGUUUCUCCGCUCCACUAGCGGUUUUUUAAGAAACUCAGCACAUUCGUCCAGAUGAUGCGCCUUAGAGCACAAUGUACAGCUGAUGGGGUGAGAAUUUCCUCCACCUGCAUUCUUUCCUGCCAGGCCUGUUGCAAAGUUGGUACCCCUUCCUCUCUUGGGUUUGCGUUCGUUCUGUUUGUGGUACUUGUCAACUGCGUUCAUCGGUUUACUUAUGCCUUCCUCGGAAUAGAUUGGGUCUGUCGCUAAAUCGGCUUGCUCUGAUACAAAUUGGCAAAAGUCAUUAAAGCUAGCUGUCUGUCCCUUGACACUCCUAAUCCUGCUAACUCUUUCAGUCCACUUACUACGUAGAUAUCGCGGCAGCCUUUCCCAUAACUGGCGCAUAACAUUGGCCGUGUUCAAGUCGUUCAUGUAUUGCAUGCCUGUCAUGGCGUUCCUUGCUUGCUCAAGGACAAUAGAAAAUUCUUGUAACCCUGUUCCGUCGUUAGGCUUAACAGCGGGCCAGCUCGACAGCUUGGCGAUGUAUGCACUUGCAAUCUUGUAUGGGUCACCAAAAUGUUUCUUCAAAAGCCGUCUAGCCUCCUUGUACGAAUCUUCGCCUUUCGUUUGUAAACAACCCUUUAUCAGUUCCUUGGCCUUUCCACUAGUGUAUUGAUCCAAGUAGUACAAGCGCUCAUUAGAAUCAUCUACCUUGGAUUCUAUGAGAGUUUCAAAGGCUGUUAUGAAUGCUGGGUAUGACAUAACAUCUCCCGAAAACGUAGGUGGCUUGUGACUAGGUAGGAGACUCCUAGCCUGUUGGGUAACAAUCAUUUCUGAAAGUUCAGCCUGCUUCCUUUGAAUGUCAAGAUAGUUUUGAUCUAACCCUGUACCGUCCACAGAGCUUGAAUCCUUUCCGAAACUGCACGUACAUUCCCUUUUAACAUGUGGUGGCUUAUAGUCAGUGAGGGUUUCGUACUUGUCCUUAUACUCUUCUUCCUUAAUGGGAACACUCUUUGGAACAAAGGGUCGGGCAGUUGGGUUCAUACAAGCAGCACUGGCUAAAGCUGGGGUGGUUACAGGAGUGGUCGUUGAACCAACAAUAGCUGAACUUUGGAACUUCACAGAAGGCACCCUUAGUGUAGCCUGAUCGUUAGAUUGUACUCCGGGUGAGAUGGUAGUAGAAGUGAGUUUAACCUCAACAUCUUCCAAGUUUUCAUUCAUUCCGUCAAUAUUUUGUUCCUUCUCGAAUUUCUCAUAAGUUUUUUCUUCUGCCUUUGCCUCUGCGAUUUGCUGCCUAAGUUCAAGCUCUUCAGUAGCCAUUUUUAAUGCUUGUUUCUCUUUUAGAAAUGAUGCCUUAACCUCUAACGCUGCGGCUUUAGCUUUCGCUUCAAUUAACUUUAACCUAGCAGAUGUUGCCGAGGAAAGGGAGUGCCUUGAGCGACGAGAUGACUUAGAUUUCACUGAGUGUGUAUCACGUAAACCGCCACGUAGCUUAUCUGCAUCAUCCAAAAAGCCAAUAAUCCUUUGCUUUAGCUGGAGUACAUCCUUAUCGCGAGUGCCAAACCAUUCAAGAGCUAAUUUAAUUUCAUCAUCAUCAUCUAAGGCCUUGAGAUAUGCGUCAUGUGCUUCUUGCACUUUAACAAAUAGCUGAUCUAAAUGAACAACUUCCGUACGCACUUGUUUUUCGUUCUCAAAAUCCGUUAACAAAGGUGAGACUAAGUUAAUCUGCUUAGUUAAAUUAGCAAGUGCAGUUUUCCGUUUUUCCUUCAACUUUGAAUCUCAAAUUGCCUACCCCUUUCUGUAGGAAUCCGUUUUCGCACAUCCAUGUGAGUUUCUUGAGCCAAUAAACCGGUCAGCGGCGAUAUCGCACGAGGUGACGAGCAGAUUGUAUCGAGAUCCAUAUCGACUUCGCGCCAAGUGCAAAGCUUCUCUUCAUCAGGGAGCUCCGUUUUCCCUUGUAAAUCUUCUUCUUUGUCUCCUUCCAUGUGAUUCGUUUGUAGGUCAAACUGUAACAGCCGUCAAUUCGGUGUCAAUUCCACGUUUUAUUCGAUCCGAUCAACUACGCUCAGCACACCGUUCGAAUACAAUACCGUACAAGAAAUCCUUACAAACAAGCAAUUGUCUCUAUCCGUAACCUUGAAAACUGCUGAAAUAUCCGUAAUGCUUCCGUAAUGUUCUAUUCCUUCGAUGCGAGACUAGUUAAACGAUCCUUAUCCGAGAAAUAAAGGCGAAAAUAACAAGCGAUAAAAGCACGUAUAUGCCGAGGUUUGACCUAGUGUCGAAUGACAACACCUCGGCGCAGACUGGGCCUAGUGCACAGGACACCUAGCAUUUACAUCUAGUCUUGGUACAUUCGCCGUUGAAAGAAAUCUAUGAAGAAUCUAACUACUUAUUUUUUUUCAAGUUAUUGGGAAAGAGUUGAUUGAAUGGCGACGUUUGACACAGUUACACGUUUUGUCCAACUUUAUUAGGCAUGCUCCAGAAAUUUGGCCAAGUUACGAUAGAUUCAUGCCAUCGUUGUGGGAGUCAUUCCAUUCUCCUCUGUACAGAAAACCUGUACUUGGCACAAGUUACACGUACAUUGAAUUCACUGAAAGUGGAGAGGGUGCAGCGAAAAAAGAAACCAAAGAUGUAGGAGAUGGUCGAAAGGAAUCUGCAAAAUCAGCUGAGAAAUUUGUGGACGAUCGUGAAAGUUUCAAAGUGUCCUUUGAUGUUUCCAAGUUCAAGCCAGAAGAAAUUACCAUUCGCUCAGAAGAUGGAGAGUUGUUGGUGGAAGGCAAGCAGGAGGCGAAGAACGAAGAAGGUUGCUUGACACGCCAUUUUGUGCGCUCAUACUCCCUUCCUAGGAAUAUCGACCGCGAUUCGUUUCAGUCGCGCCUUUCCAAAGAGGGAAUCUUAAGUAUCGAGGCAAAAAAGCUACAAAAGCCAGAGGCCAAGGACAAUUUUAUCAAGAUCGAGACAGAGGAUUAA